AUGGUCGUCGACCCCCGCAUCAGUGAUAAGGAUCUGGCCGCUAUCAACGCAGCAGCCGUGACGAGAGAAUACCGAGUGCAGCCUCAUCUCGAUUACCGCACCGUUUCCGCUAUUAAUGGACCCCUCGUCGUACUCGACAACGUCAAAUUCCCUUCUUACAAUGAAAUUGUACAACUUACGCUACCGGAUGGGACGACGCGUGGUGGGCAGGUACUAGAGGUUCAGGGGAAGAAAGCCAUCGUCCAAGUCUUCGAAGGAACGUCCGGCGUUGAUGUUAAGGCGACGCACGUCGAGUUUACCGGUAGUAGCAUGAAGCUUCCAGUUGCGGAGGAUAUGCUAGGACGGAUAUUCAACGGUUCAGGAAACCCCAUUGACCAGGGCCCCAAGGUUUUUGCAGAAGAUUACCUGGAUAUCAAUGGCUCACCCAUCAAUCCUUACUCUCGAAUCUAUCCCGAAGAAAUGAUUCAAACUGGUAUAUCGACCAUCGACACCAUGAACUCGAUUGCUCGUGGUCAGAAGAUUCCUAUUUUCUCGGCGGCUGGUCUUCCGCACAACGAGAUCGCCGCCCAAAUUGUGCGACAGUCUGGCUUGGUCAAACGGCCUACGAAAGACGUACACGACGGCCACGAGGACAAUUUCUCUGUCGUCUUUGCUGCUAUGGGUGUUAACAUGGAGACUGCUCGGUUCUUCAAGGAAGACUUCGAAUCCAACGGCAGUUUGGACAGAGUUACACUAUUUUUGAACUUGGCGAAUGAUCCUACAAUCGAGCGUAUCAUUACUCCCCGGCUGGCAUUGACAACUGCUGAAUACUAUGCUUACCAACUCGAAAAGCAUGUGCUAGUUAUCCUUACUGACAUGUCAUCCUAUGCAGACGCACUACGAGAGGUAUCAGCUGCCCGUGAAGAAGUUCCGGGCCGUCGUGGGUAUCCCGGCUACAUGUAUACCGAUUUGUCGACCAUCUACGAACGGGCAGGGCGAGUGGAAGGGCGAAAUGGAUAUUACGCAUCCUAUUCCCGAUUGACGGGUUAUAUCACAGAGGGCCAGAUCUUUGUUGACCGCCAGCUCCACAAUCGUCAGAUCUAUCCUCCUAUCAAUGUGCUACCUUCAUUGUCUCGCCUCAUGAAGAGUGCUAUUGGUGAGAAGCUCACUAGGAAGGAUCAUGGUGAUGUGUCGAACCAACUGUAUGCUAAAUACGCUAUCGGACGUGACGCUGCUGCCAUGAAGGCUGUUGUGGGAGAAGAGGCUCUGUCGUCCGAGGACAAACUCGCUCUAGAGUUCCUUGACAAAUUUGAGCAUCAGUUUGUUGGACAAGGAUCAUAUGAGUCGCGAACUAUCUUCGAGUCCCUCGAUUUGGCAUGGUCCCUUCUACGCAUUUUCCCUAAAGAACAACUUAACCGGAUCAACCCCAAGAUCAUUGCAGAGUUUUACGGGCGCAAGCCGACAAAGAAGGCUACAACCGCGGAGCCUGAGGAAGUCAAACCGGAAGAAAGCUAAUUGAUGCAUAGAAAGCGUUUCAGCGUUGAUGACAAUUAUGAGCUGCUUCUAGGACUAUUUCCUACCUCCAUACCCCAGUAUUGUCUUCAACUACCGAGAUAAUUUUUUUCCCUAGUAGCCCUAUUUUCGAAACAGGAGGACGCGGAAUCAUUGAGUACUGUACUUGGGCCGACUCAGGGACAUUACUUUUUCCGCCCA